GGCUGCUUGUUUGCAUAAAGCCUCAAAUGCUCCACUGCUCAGACUGCCUUGCUGCCUUGUGGGUCAGAGAAGAGCCUUUUUGCAGCCUGAGCCUGUUUGCUGUUUUGAGAGACAUUGAUGGCGACCAUGGUUUUCGGGGUUAAACUCCUCGUCGUGCUCUUUCUGUCAGGAGUCUGUCUUCGAUCAUCUUCUGCGUUUCCACCAGCACAUUACACACAACAUGCUUCGUCUGAAAGACCUCAGCUCGCACAGAUCGAGAGCUCCAAUCACGCCUCACCUGAGCAACAGAAGGCCCCAGCUGAGGAACGGGAGCAGGUGAAUACUGUCGGAGUGACCUGCCACCCAGACACCAUGGAGAUUGUGAUAAAAGCUGACAUGUUUGGAGUUGGUGCUCCUGUUAACCGCUAUGAGUUACGCCUUGGAGUGGAGCACAAUGAUUUCUGUAGGGCUACAGCGUCUUCAGGAGACGAGUACAGAAUCAUUGUUGGACUCAUGGACUGUGGCACCAAACACUGGAUGACUGAGGACUCUCUGGUCUACACGAACCUCCUCAUAUACUCUCCUGUGGCCUCUACUGAUGGGCUGAUUCGAAUGGAUGAGGCUGUAGUUCCAAUUGAGUGUUAUUAUGAAAGGAGGUACAGUUUGUCCAGUUCUUCACUCACACCUACCUGGAUCCCCUUCAUGUCUACUCAAGCUGCAGUGGAAACCUUGGAGUUCGACCUGAAAAUUAUGACAAAUGACUGGCAAUAUGAAAGAAGCUCUAACGUGUUUUACCUCGGUGAGCCCAUCAACAUGGCGGCCUCUGUCAGAGUUGGACAUCACAUGGGGCUGCGGGUGUUUGUGAGCAGCUGUGUGGCUACUCUUAACCCAGACAUAUACUCUGUUCCCAGAUAUGUCUUUGUUGAAAAUGGAUGCUUGGUUGACUCCCAGCUUCUUGGAUCAAAGUCCUACUUCUUAUCCAGAACACAAGAUGAUGAGCUCCGCUUGGUCAUUGAUGCUUUUAGGUUUCAUAAUGAGGACAGAGGAGAGCUCUACAUCACAUGUCACCUGACUGCUGUACCACUUAAUGAUGCAGAGGCACCAAAUAAGGCCUGCACUCUUGUAAAUGGAAGAUGGCGGUCAGCUGACGGCAAUGACUACUUAUGUGGAUUUUGUCAAAGCCAAAAUGAAGUUGGGCCAACCCACAGUAAGCCCAGCAGUAGCCCUGGCAAGUUUGGCCCUCGUGGGUUUGGGAAGCCAGAACAACCUGAAGCCUUAUGGAGAAGUGGACUGAAGACCAAUACAGUGUGGGAGCAGGAGGCAAGUGUGGGUCCAAUGCUGGUCUUGCCAGCUAAACAGAAGAGUGGGCCUCUACCUGUGGAAGAGCUCCCUCCUGUUCUCAAUAAAAUCAGCAGACCUUCCCUCUACGGCAGCCAGUGGAGAAGUGGAAUGAACAAUAGAGUUGAUCUGGAGAGCAGACUGCUUCCUGGUCAGUCUACACCCGACCUGGUGGAGGAGGAUGAAGAUGUCGAAAGUGAAACGGAUCUAAAAGAAGGAGAUGCAGAAAGUGAAGUUGCUGCACCACUAGAAAAGGUGGCUCCUGAUGUCGCAUUGAAAUCAAAGUCUGCAGCACUGGACAAAAACACCACAGCAGCCCCCAGUGACGUCAGCCCUGCCACUCACGCUAAGCUGGAUGUGACUUUACUGUCAAAUGCAACUGCUACAGAAUCUGACCUUUCAUAAACAAAUGACCCAAAGAGAUAAUAAAAUGACUUGAACUAA